AUGGGUUCAUUUACGGGUACUUCUGAAAUUGUUGAAGCAACAGACGAGCUGACUACAGGUCAAUUUUCUCAUGGAAUAGGUAGACCAAAUUCUGGAUUUAGUAGGGGUGACAGAGAUCGGAAGCCUCCUGUUCUAAAACUGGGAUACAAGGAUUCUCUAGAAGAUGAUAUUAAUAAGCUCUUCGAGGCAAUCAAUCUCAAAGCUUCAUCCAAGGGUUCAGAUAAUUCGAAGCAAGCAGGCACUAGCCCUUUAUAUAAGAAUGCCUUGAAGAAGCCAAUUACAGUGGGUGUGUCUCGCUCACCAGGGAUUGGGAAUUCAGAGCCAGCAACUCUGAAGCAGGCGUUAAGGGAACUCUCUAUUACCAAGGCAUCAGAAAUGGCUGCUAUGAAGCGGUUAUCAAAAUUGACAAGUCCUUCAAGAGCCUCUGAAGCUGGGAGGAUCAAGACAUUGUACAAUGCAGUUGUAGUUGAAGCCAGUACAUCUGGCCCGUCCUCAAGUGAAAAUAGGGGAAAUAUGGUUGAGAUCUCUCUGGUGCCAGAAGAAAGCAUUUCAAAUACUUGUGAUAAUAUGCCUGAGGAUCCUCAAAUGGCCAAGAUGAAGUCAUCAAGCCAGAGUGCACAUUCUUCUCCUCGAUUUGCCAUCGGGAAAACAGAAAAUAAUUCUGGGAGCACAACAUUGCAAAAUGAAAGUACGUCCAUGCUAAGGACAGUUGGGGUGCAAACAAGACAGGCAGAACUGGGACAGAAAGAGAAAAUUGAAUCUUCAAGUGACCAUAUUUCAGAACUUGCUGAAAACAUUCCUGUGAAAACCAUGUUACCGACAAAAAUAAAGGCGCAGCUGGGGAAGAAAGAGAAAGUUAAAUCUACAAGUGGUAACACUUCAGUAGUUCAAAAUGUUACUGCCAAACCCAAGUUAGCAAGUAAGGUAUCAGCUGCAAAACCAGGGCGGAAAGUCAAGUUGCAUGCGGUACCUUCUUCAUCUAGUUUGGUCAAUGGCAAUACGACAAGCAAACUAUCCAGAAAUACUCUCCGCUCCGUAAAACCAGCCCGCAGGAAUAGGAUUAUCAUAAAGAAGAAGAUAAGGCAGGAUUCAAGUUCUGUGGCCUGCAAUUCUAGUAAUUAUAAUGAAGUUGAUGCUGAUUUUGAUCCUUGCACAAGUCAGCUGGUCUGUGAGAGAUGCCAAUGUACAUUGAAAGGUGCUGGCAAACAAUCAAAUCAAGGUUCUUUGGUGCCCCAGUUUAACAGUCUUACUGCAGAAGUAAACUCAAGUAAUGUGCACACAGGUCCGAGUAAACCAGGCUUCACCUUAGACAGCAGUAAGACUGGCAAUACAGGGGGAGCUGACAUCAUGAAAGCAAAAAAGAACCCAAAAUCAAAAGAAAAAGGGGAGUUCUCCCAAAGCUCAAAAAGUAGCCAAGAGUAUAGUAGUAGUACAAGUUUGAGUGAUGAGAGCAAUAUGAGUGGGUCUAGUUGUAGCAAUAAGCCUCACAUGUCAAAGGAUGUGAGGUGGGAGGCCAUCCGUCACGUUCGGUUGCAGCAUGGAGUCCUGGGCUUGAGACACUUCAAUCUUUUGAAGAAGCUUGGUUGUGGAGACAUAGGAACUGUAUAUCUUGCUGAACUAAUUAGUACGAACUGCCUUUUUGCCAUAAAGGUAAUGGACAAUGAGUUCUUGGCUAGAAGGAAGAAGAUGCCAAGGGCUCAGACUGAAAGAGAAAUACUGAGGAUGCUUGAUCAUCCUUUUCUCCCUACACUGUAUACCCAAUUCACAUCAGAUAAUCUGUCAUGUUUAGUUAUGGAGUAUUGUCCAGGUGGAGAUCUUCAUGUCCUUCGGCAGAAGCAGUCGGGAAGGUGUUUUUCUGAAGCAGCGACAAGGUUCUAUGUUGCUGAAGUUCUCCUUGCUUUGGAGUACUUGCACAUGCUUGGGGUAGUUUAUCGGGAUUUGAAACCAGAAAACAUUCUUGUGCGGGAAGAUGGUCACAUUAUGCUCACAGAUUUUGACCUUUCUCUGAGGUGCACUGUCAGUCCAACUCUUUUGAAAUCACCUUCAUGCGAUGCUGAUCGUGUAAAACUGUCUGGUCCAUGCACACAGUCUAGCUGCGCUGAGCCCUUCUGCAUGGAACCCUCCUGUGACGUCCCAUGCUUCAGCCCUAGGUUUUUACCUGCUGCUGCAAAAACAAAGAAGUCCAAAAAUGACUCUGCAGCCCAAGUCAGAUCAUUGCCACAGCUUGUGGCAGAGCCUACUGAUGCACGGUCCAAUUCCUUUGUUGGGACCCAUGAAUACUUGGCUCCUGAGAUCAUCAAAGGAGAGGGUCAUGGAGCUGCAGUUGAUUGGUGGACGUUUGGAAUCUUUCUUUACGAGCUUCUAUACGGCAGAACACCGUUUAAAGGCAUCAACAAUGAGGAAACAUUAGCCAAUGUGGUGUUGCAGAGCCUAAGGUUCCCAGAAGGUCCAAUUGUUAGUUUCCAGGCUAGGGAUCUCAUCAGAGGGCUGUUGGUAAAGGAGCCGGAGAAUCGGUUGGGAUCAGAGAAAGGGUCUGGUGAGAUUAAGCAACAUCCUUUCUUUGAGGGCCUGAAUUGGGCCCUAAUACGCUGUGCCAUCCCACCGGAACUGCCCGAGUUUUGUGAUUUUGAAGUUCCAGACAUGCCUGCUGCUCAGGAGAAUACCAAGUAUUUGGAGUUUAAAGCUACGGGAGACCACCUAGAAUUUGAGUUAUUUUAG